AUGGAGAUACCGAGCUAUGACAAUCUCUACCGGAGCGCGAUACGAUGGACCACUCGUCAGCCAACGCUGAGCAAGACGGACCAGUUUGUUGUUUUCACGAAAGCGAGUUUUUCCUCCCCGUGGGAUGACGGCGAUAUAAAUAACGAUCAAUACGACGAUGACCCCAACGACAUCUUCGACGAUGAGCGGUUGUUUGAACAUAACCCACGUGAAUAUUGGUUUAAGAGAAGGUGUCGGGAUGCACAUGGAGGACUCAAGUCUACUCCUUCACAGGGUCCUAUCCAUUGGUUUCGCUACAGAGGACACGACGUUGGAUUCCAACGACGCGUAUCCAAGGAAUCUAGUGGCGUCCUCGAUGACAUCAUGCAUGAUAUCCGGGAAACCCCCGUCAAGAAGAACCCUCGCGAUAUCACUGUCUACACCGGUCUGAGCCAGCCUCUGUCAUGGGUGCCGAUGGCGACGAAAUCGCCACGAUUCCUAUCCUCAGUGGCUCUGGAUCAGGAGGUAAAAAUGGACAUAGUGAAAGAUGUGACGGAAUUCUUUGACCCCCGAACUGAGCCAUUUUACAAGGAACGUGGAAUUCCCUAUCGACGAGGCGUUGCCCUAUACGGUCCGCCAGGUACAGGGAAGUCAAGCCUGUGCCAUGCCAUCGCCAGCAUGUUGUGUAUGGAUAUAUACACACUCUCUCUGGGCUCCUCUGGACUUAACGACAACACCCUCUCCGCUCUAUUCCAAAAAUGUCCGGAGCGUUCCAUUGUUCUCUUGGAGGAUAUCGAUGCGGCCAGUGUACCGAAACGCGGUGGUGAUAUCUCUUCUCAGUCAAGCCAGGAGGCGACCGAAGGGGUUGAGAAUGCUGAGACACACAAUACCGGAUCAGAACAAGGAAAUAUCUCUCUCUCCGGCCUAUUGAACGUGAUUGAUGGCGUGGCUGCGAAAGAAGGUCGCCUUCUUUUCAUAACUACCAAUCACAUUGACCGUCUGGACCCUGCCCUUUGGCGUGCAGGGAGGGUUGACAUGAAGGCCUUUAUCGGCUAUGCGAAUGACCUUAUGGCUCGAGAGCUUUUUUACAAGCUUUAUUUACAGUUUAUGGCGGUCCGGCAAGAAAAUGGCACCAUCCAACCAUUAUCUGAACCAGUCUCUGAUGAAUGGGAACCGAACGACCUUGAUCGUCUAGCGAAUCAAUUCGCCAGCAAUAUUCCUCCGGGGUGGUUCUCGCCCGCCUCUUUGGAAGGCUACCUGCUGCGGCACAAAAAUGAUCCUGUUUCCGCAGCCUGCAGUGUUAAGGAAUGGGUAGAUCAGAAAAUCAGCUCCUUCAAAAUCGGUCACGGACAGGAUUUGUCAAGUCUUCGUGUUUCUGGAUCACCCUGUCAAUUUAGGCUUCACGGCGAGACGUUGUCCAUUAGCGUGGGCGCUGUUAUCUUUGAUGCAGCAAACGGAUCUGGUGAGCUUCGUGUUCUGCUUCUGCAACGUGCGUCCCAUUGGGAACUACCAGGUGGUACAGUUGGGUCAACAGACAGUACAAUCUACGCUGCUCUGAAGCGCAAGAUCCUGGAGAAAUCUGGGUUAGAGCUUUCACGAAUCAACCAUGAACUCGAAAUCCGGGCUCAGACGCGAAACAAGGAAGAAAAAUGUCCCCGAGGAUUCCCGGAUGAGCCACCAUUGGGAAGGAAAUGCGAUCAAUCGGUACGGAUCAAUGCGGAGAAACACCAGGGUUUUACGUGGGCAACGGAAGAUGAGAAGGCGACUAUUCUGGAAGCGUUUGCUGCCACUCCUAGGAGUUCUUUGUGGCAGUCAUGA